CCAACUCCAGCCAAACCAUGUCGGCCAUACCCCCUCGUCCUUCCUCCGCCCCUAUUCCCGCCAAACCCUCUCCCCCAAAGCCUAAACCCCCUCCCCGCGUCAUACCCGCCGCCUCUUUCCAUUCUCCGGCAUCAAGUCGCAAAGAAGACGACGACGACGACGAUCAACGCGAUACACUCGCACCUUAUAGCCCCCAGCCUAUCCGAGUCGGCUAUCAUGCGCCCAGGUUCAGUCAAGCUUCGAUAGAGAGGCAGCUAAACCAAGGCGUACCGACCCCACGCCGGGCUCGACAAGCGUCAAGUAUCCACCCUAGUCUUUCGUCCUCUCGCGCAGAUUCACGGCACAAAAGUACUCCCUCAAACGACAGCCAGCGUCACAUGGCAAGCAAUCCGUUUGAAAAGGUGUCGAGGAAGAGGAGGCCGAGGAGAGAGCCAGGCAGCUCUCAUACGAAAAGCCAAAACGCCCCCCGCUUUGCCCCAGGCCCUCAACAUCCAGUGGGAGGGCAAGACCAGAGCGAAAUGAUGAGUGGAAACAACAAUCCUCACGAUGCCCACAAUUACGGGCAGUAUACCUCCCUUCAGCCUCCGGCUGCCUACGGCACAUACCCGACUUUACAGACGUUCAUAGACUACCUUGACCAUCUUUAUGCUACCGCACCCACCGCACAGGAUCGGGAAGUCAUCAGGAAGACGCUAGUGCCACCGGAGCUACUAUCCCGAUACCCCGAAUUUCAAGGUGAAGUCUCCUACCAGCCUACCAUGGCCCCAGUGGCCUCCCACUAUGGCCAAAAUCAAGGUGACCUCUCCUAUCAGUCCAUGGCCUCUCAGUAUGGUCAAAAUCAAGGUAAUUUAUCCCACCAGCCCGCCAUCACUGCAUCUCCUACAUACGCCAUUGCCCCCCAGCACGGCCAAGCACAAAGCAGCCAUAUGCAACAUCCCUUCAUGACCGCUCCCCCUUCUUCUUUUCUAGCUCCCCAAGCCUUCCAAGCACCUACUCAGCAAAUGGCACCUACACCCACUCCCUUCCAACCUGGUGCUUCGUACUGGGCUCGCCAAAACCCCAACCCAACCAACGCCUUCGCUGGCACGGCCGAUAUAAGCACAAAUCAAAAGUCCGGUCUGUCGGCUGCCUCCCCCGCUUUCCUCCCUCGCUCGAUCUACCCUGCCCAGCCCUAUCCAGAGCAAGGAGACGCGCCCAUGAUACCCGAAGUCAAGACCACUUCACCUACUAAAUCGGAACUAAAGCCAAAGGCUGAAUCUGUUCCCGUGGGUUUUGGUCAUUCACCUGGGGGUCGAUCUGCUUCCCCUUCGCAAGUAAAGACGACGGCAUCUAUACCGGAUCCCAACAUCCCGUUCCGCAUUCCAGAUCAAGUCCGGGCAGUUGAGGCUCCUGGAGCUACUGUCCAAGCUGAAGGCAGUGGAUUUCAAGGUACGGAAGGUGACGGCUUCCCACCAGCGGAACACUUCGUCCCGAGUUUUCUUCUCGACGGCGGUGCUUUCGCAGAGGCGGAGAGUCGAAGGGAUACUUGGUACUGCCAGUUCUGCGGCCGAGAGUGUUUCUGGAACCAUGACGAUGACGACUACGACGCUUGA